UUCAUCAUGGCUGCAGAGAGACGUGAAACCAUCGUAACACACCAAGCUGAGGUAGAGGUGUUUCGGUUCAGACGUUUCUCACUGCUUCAUAAAAACAUCGGGCUGUGGUUCAUCCUGUAGCUCUAAUCUAUAAUGUCAGUCUGUCUUCUUCACUGACUGAGUGAAGUCAGAGAUCAGCAGCAGAUCAAAUCAUGCAGCAGGUAGUUUGGAUCAUUGUGGUUCUGCUGAAUGUCGUCUGGAUCUCCUUCUUCUUAACUCCAGAUCUGGAUUUUUCAGUGUUUGUGGAGAGGAGAAGCAUCAGCAGCUCUGAUGAGACGUUCAUGAUGGAGUUCUGCCUUCAGCCAGACUCUGACAGGAAGUGGACAUCAGCUGGACCUUCAGCCAGCGGUCCAGAUGGAGACAUCAGCACCAUCACAGAACGUCCUGUGAAUGGAAAGAAAACUCAAUAUAAAGAAUCCAACUCGGGUGACAAGUUCUCCACAUCUGCAGCUCCUGAUCCUGAUCAGAUUGAUUUGAAUGGACCGACUGUAUCUACUGAUGAACAGAGACUGACUCCACCACCAGAGUUCAGCUCCAGCUCUGAAGCUGAUCUUCUUACAAAGAUUCCAACAACUCCUAGAAAUCAGAAGGUCAACAUCAACCGACCCAGACAGCACAAAAUCACCCUCAGUCCACUCAGACCAGGACCAGGAAUGAAUGGGAAGAAAACACAAACUCCAAAUUCCAUCCCAGAUGACAAGUUUCCAACAUCUGCAGCUCCUGAUCCUGAUGAAAUCAGCUUGGCUGAACCGACUGUAUCUGCUCAUGAACAGAGACUGACUUCACCACCAGGACUGAACUCCAGCUCUAAUCUUGUUACAAAGAUUCCAACAACUCCCAGAAAUCAGAGGAUGGACAUCAGCCGACCCGUCCAGCAGGAACUACUGAGUCUAGCGUUUCCUGCUGACUGCUGCUUUGUGUUAAUGAAAGGACCAGUGAAUGAGAAGCUCAUCGCUUCAGUUGAGGUGACUGAUCCCUGCUGCCCCAUUAAUGCAGCCAUUUUGAUAACAAAAAAGACGCAACAUCUCUGCGUGGAUCCAAAGGAACCCUGGGUGAAAAGGAUUAUUGAUUUCCUGCAGACAAGGGAUUUGGAUGGACCGACUCUGUCCACUCCUUAUGAAAGUCUGACUCUCUCUGAGGUCACCUCAUCCCCGAUGCUGAGGCAGCACUUUGACGUUAACCUCGCUACGAAGAUUCCAACAACUCCACGACAUCAGAAGACCAUCAUCACCCUCAGUCCACUCAGCACAGAACCAGAAAAUGGAACUGGUCCGGUUGAGUGCUGCUUCCAAGUUUGUAAAAAUCCAGUCGACAUAAGAGAAACCGCUUCGUUUCACAUGACUGAUCCUCUGUGCCCCACAAGUGCAGCUGUUUUAAUAACAAAAACAGCGAAACACCUCUGUGCAGAUCCAAAGGAACAAUGGGUGAAGACAAUUAUUAAUUUUCUAGAGACAAAGGCCCCAUAGAGGAACUUCACCAUGUUCUGCUUUAUCAGAUCAUGUGAAGAACAUUAAAAUUGACAGCAGCAGUCUGUGGUUUGAACCAGCCGUCUCAGUCUGUCUUCUUCACUGACUGAGUGAAGUCAGAGAUCAGAUCAGCAGCAGGUAGUUUGCAUCACUGUGGUUCUGCUGAAUGUCGUCUGAAUCUCAUUCUUUUUAACUCUAGAUCUGGACUUCUCAGGUCGCCAUCAACAGCAGCAGCAGGAUGUUACAAACCCUCAGCAGACAGAAACAUGAUUCGGAGAGUUUGGGUCAGUUUGGCUCUGGUGAACCUGCUGUGGAUCCUCUUGUUUUCAACACCAGAUUCUUUUUUGGUGUUUGUCCAGAAAAGAAGCAGCAGCUCUGAGAAGGAGGAGUUUUGUAUUAAACCUCAAUUCGAUUUUAACUGGACAACAACAGAAAGGGAAGUCAUCACCACCAGCACGACUCUGCAAGCAAGUGGGAAGAGUGAAGAAUUUAACUCCAUGGACAAGUGUCUCACAAGUGCUGCACCUCAAAUGAAAAUCAACAUCAACCCAGAAGUAAAACCAAAGGUCAUCAUCAACCCACCUGAGCAGCGGGAUGUGAACCUGAACAGAAAACGUUUUAACAGUCCAAAUGUCGCUCUUCACUGCUGCUUCAUGUUUUCUACAAGAAUGGUGGCAAAAGAACAGAUCCGUUCAUACCACGUCACCGGACCCCACUGCUCAAAAUCUGCAGUCCUGUUCGUCAUGAUGUCAGGGAGUUACAUCUGUGUGAAUCCAAAGCUCUUGUGGGUCCAGAAGAUCAUGAAGGGUCUAGACAAAGAACGAUUUUAAAGGCACCAAGAGCCAAUUUUGCUUCUUUUUUUUUUUUUUUGCUUACAGUGAAGAUGAUGAUUA